AUGGCGAGACCGGCAAGGCGAUGCUCAGAGGUGCUGGAGGUGUUGGGGAGAAUGGGAGGUGAAAUGGGAAGAUUGAAGGAUGCGAUACACGAACAGAGCGACACCAUCCGUGCCCAGGAGAGCCUGAUCCGAGAGCUCCAGUCUCAAGUCAAGGAAUCACGCAGAGAGUCUGAUCGCGAGAACAAGGAGUUGCGAGAGGAACUCCAAAAUACGAAGAAGGACCUGAGACAGAUUCGGGAGCAGCUUGAAGCGUUCAAUGCCGCAACGAACUCGGAGAGGAACAGCCCUCAAGCCUCGUAUGCGGACGUUGCCCGAAUAACGCCGUCGAAUAUAUCAACGAACCUGAGCAGCCCAUCAACGCGCAUGACACCAUCGUCGUUCAGCGACACGCUCUAUUGCACAAUCGACCUAUCACGAGUCGAAGAUCAGAACAGAGGCAGAGCGCAGGUGGGAGAAAUCCGGCAAGCCGUCGAGGCCGAGAUGAGGGCGAAGGAGGGUCAUGAAGGGUGGCGAUGCGCGGCAGUCGUGAAAGACGCGCGGAACGCAGAACGUGUUAAGAUCAUGUGCAGGAAUGAAACAGAACUUCAGAGAGUCAAAGACGCUGCGCAGAAGACGGCGGUCAUAGGAGCGCGGGUCAUGAGGGAUCAACUCUACCCAGUCAAGGUCGACAAUGCCAAUCGCACGGCAGUGUUGGACGCAGAAGGCUACGUCUUGACGGGUGCAGCCGAGGCACUUGGCGUGGAGAACAACGUCACCAUUGCCAAGAUUUCGUGGUUGAGCAAUAAAGAGAUAGGAAAAGCAAAUCGGUCACAAGGCCUUCUCAUGGAGUGCAUUGCGGCGGAGCCAAAGUGCGUGCCCUGCGGAGGACCGCACGAAAAGCUAGGUAUCUUCCAGCUUAACGUACGCAAGCGAGACACGGUACAGCUCAGUGUUAUGAACGACGAGGAAUUGAAGGACUGCGCGGUGCUGGCGAUUGCAGAGCCCUACGCGCGCAAGAAGGACGGGAUGAUCGUGACGGCCCCGAUGGGCCAUAGCAGUUGGUCAAGGAUACUUCCGACGCAGACCAACGAGGCGGGAUGGCCGGUCAGGAGCAUGCUUUGGAUACGGAAGGACAUCGACUCGGAGCAGGUCCCGAUACCGUCGUCAGACCUGACAGCGGCUGUGCUGCAUCUGCCAGAUAGAGAUGUCUUGGUGAUGUCGGUGUAUGUACAAGGGAAGGACGAGGAGGCCCUGAUUCUCACAACGACGGAACUGGGCGGUCUAAUCACCCGUUUCCGUAACGGCACUGGCAAGCGAACCGAUGUGGUGUUGGCAGGGGACUUCAAUCGGCACGACCUACUCUGGGAGGCGAUUGUCCUGCUCCCCCGCGGCACGAAGACUUGGCAGGGUCCAGAUAAGGAAAGCACGAUUGAUCUGAUGUUGGUGUCGACGGAACUGGCGGACGACAUGGUGAAAUGCGCCAUUCACCCAGCGGAAUAUGGAUCGGACCACCGGGCCAUUCAUACAGCCUUUGACAUCGACCUACCAGAAAGAGACCUCACACCGAGGCUUCUACUUAGGAACGCGCCCUGGACAGCAAUCAGGAACAGGACCGACCGCUUCAUGGAAGUAGUGCUUAAACUGACCAUGGAGGAGAUUGAAAGGAAAGUCAUGACAGCCAAACCCUGGAAGGCGCCUGGAGACGACGGCCUGCCAGCCAUGCAAUGGCGAAUGGCAAAGAUCAUCCCACUGAAGAAGCCGGGAAAAGAUGAUUACACUGCGGCGAGGGCCUGGCGACCAAUAUCGUUGCUGUCGACACUGGGCAAGAUCCUGGAGGCGGUGAUGGCCGAGCGGAUUUCCUUUGCGGUGGAAACGUUUGGGCUGUUGCCAACUAACCACUUUGGAGCCAGGAAGAGGCGUUCCGCGGAGCAGGCUCUCGUGCUCCUGCAAGAGAAAAUCUACAAAGCAUGGCGAAUGGGCAAGGUGCUUAGUCUUGUGAACUUCGACGUCAAGGGUGCUUAUAACGGAGUGUUCAAGGAUAGGCUUCUACAACGGCUCGCAGCGAGGGGUUUGCCCCGCGAGCUGGUCAGCACCUCCGGAGGAUCAAUCGCAUUCGUGGACGAUUACUCGGCUUGGGUCACAGGAAGAACGAUCUGGCCACAGGAAAACGCCAAGGUGCUGGGAGUGGUCAUGGAUGCAAAACUACGAUAUAAGGAGCAUAUGUUGUUCACGGCUGCGGUUGCGCCUGCUAUGGAUUAUGCCUCCACUAUGUCGCGGAAGCAGAGGCAAGCAUUCGGCCGGUGGUAA